CCUUCCCAGUGAUUGGCCGCGGCUGCUGUGUGAUUCAUGCCAGAAUACCAGUACCAUUGGCCUCCUGAGCUGCAGACUCUGCUGGGGGGGCGGAUCAGUCUAUGGCUGGGAAGAUACAGAACAGAGAGAUUGAUACAUACAGAGGAGCAGGGAUACGUGUGUGUGCGUGUGUGGGUGCAUUACUGGAGCGUGACUACCUGCUAUUCUGGGAAAAGGCUGCUAUUGAACUGCCAGGUUUGUGAAAAGAAGAAAGAAAGUUGUUUUCCUGAGAAAUAAAAAGAAAUUAAAGGAUUAUAUAGAAAUAAUAGACACAAUCAUCUUAUUCCACUUCACGACAGAAUGAUGAGUAAACUAGAGGACAAGAAGGAGCAGAUGAUACCAUGAAGAGAAGUUCACAGGCCCUCUGUUGCCAUCUGUUAAGUGUUCUACUUGUUCUGGCACUGGCAGAGAAAAAUACAUUUGAAGUAAAGGAGUUAUUUUCCACUUUGCCAUCUUACCAAGUUCUGAAAGAAACAACCACAAAUGCUGCAAUGGUGGGGCCAACUCACGGUUUUGAUCUUGCACGUAAACUGAGAAAGUCUGGAACUUGGCACUCUCAGAAGUUAAUGGCAACCUUGGUAACACCACUUCCUAAUAGUCAGAAUGUUACACAUUCAAAAAAUCCUUACAAUGAGAGGAAUGUAUUUCAGAAAGUCACAGCUGACUUCACAGAGUCCUUAGAGCCUUACCUCAAAACAGAACAUUCUGUGAGAACUGUAUCAACCAAUGAAAAUAGCAGUGGCUCUGUGCUAGCUUUCCUUAAAGACACUUUUAUUCGUGGUGGGAGGUUGCAGGGCUUUAGCCAAGAAGAGCUCAUGGACGGAGAAUUGCCCACCUCAGCAAGUGACAUGUCAGACAACACUGAAGUGGUGUCAGUGCCUUUCAAACGCAACUACUUUAAAUUAUGGGAUGUAUUAAACAGAAAUAGUUCAUUGAUUUCUAUAAGGCAAGUAAAAAAUGGAACUAAUUUGGCAGAUCAAACUUUUACUUCAUCCCACCAUGAAAAGACUUCCACUGAUGCCAAGAUUCCAACAGAUGAACCAGGAGUCUACAAGGAUAUCAGUAUCAAACCACAUAGUGUUGCAAACAAAGAUACCACAUUGGAUAUGAUUCCAUCAACAGAUAUAACUGCCACGGUUUCUGUUACCAUCUCCACAGCUGCCUACACAGCAACAGGAAAUUUUCUUAAUAGGCUGGUGCCUGCUGGGACAUGGAAACCUGGAGUGCCUGGCAAUAUUUCACAUGUUACAGAAGAGGGCAGUCAUCCUCAGCACAAAGAGACGAUAUGUCUUGGCAAAAUGGAUAUAGUAUGGAUCUUUCUAGCCAUCAGCGUGCCAAUAUCUUCUUGUUCUGUGCUCCUGACUGUGUGCUGUAUGAGGCGGAAGAAGAAGGCCUCUAACCCAGAGAAUAACCUAAGCUACUGGAACAAUGCAAUAACCAUGGACUACUUCAACAAACAUGCGGUGGAGUUACCUCGAGAGAUUCAGUCCCUGGAAACUUCAGAGGACCAUCUUUCAGAACCUCGUUCACCAGCCAAUGGAGAUUACCGAAACAGCGGAAUGGUCCUUGUCAACCCGUUUUGUCAGGAAACACUUUUCUCUGCACAUGAACACGUUUCGGAAAUAUGAACAAGACUGUGCCAGGAGGAACUUAAUUGUUUGGUUGAAUACAUAAUUAGAAUGAAGAUACAACAACUGGUAGCUGACUUCACUGCAUCUGGCAGAUUUCUGUAACCACCAACAUAUAUAUAAUAAAUAUGCUUUGUGUAGCCCCUUUACCCCUCUUAUGACUUCAACCCUUUUCAGCUUAUUUACCUAAGAAAUGUCAUCUUUUUACAAUUGUGGUAAUACUUUACAAGACAAAUUGUGGCUUUAUAAAUAAACUUAUUUAUAUGUA